AUGAGGUGGCUCCUGGGCAGCAGCUGGAGUAAAUUUGGGCAUGCUGGAAGGGGCACUUAUGACUGGAUGACAAGUGAGCCUGGAAUACCACUUGUAGACACAGAACUGCAGAGCAAGCAUCCAAAUGAAGUUAGUUCAACCAAAGAAGAUUUAAAGCCAUUUCUGUGUAUUAUAUUACCAACAGCAGCCCUGCUUGUUAUAGGUUUCUUUGUGUUGUUCCUGUAUCGGAGAUGUAGACGUAAGAUCCCACAGGGACAAAUCUUUGCCAUAAGUCUCCAGGAGAAUAUACAAGAUAGGGAAAUUGACUUCUUUUCUACUUUGCCUUGGAGCAUGGAGCCUUUUCAAUAUUGUACACUGGUACCUGAUGCUUCUUUCUUAACAAUAUGCUUACCUCCACCUUAUGAAGAGGCAAUUUUAAAGACAUCAAGUGACUCUUGCAUUAGUAUAUGUCCUGAUCCAUUGCCUCCCUAUGAAGAAAGGCCGCGCAGAUCAAGCAAAUAAUGUCAAUACACAGUUUAUAGCCUUAGAGCUGGGCUUCAGCUGGACCUGCAAGUCCAAAGACAACUCUUUGUUUUGCAGCUUAAAAUCUUAAAGGGCUUUUUAUACAUUAUGUUUUCAAAAAAAGUAAAAAGACAUUAAAAUAAUGAUACACGCAUGGUCCAUACAUGCACAGAGUGGCUGGCACCUUUUAUCUGUU